GGGGGGGGGUGAGAGUUGAGAGUUUAGACGCCGCCGUCGCUGCCGCCAGCUCGGACUCAUGAUUCCCAUAUGCCCGGUAGUUUCGUUCACCUAUGUGCCCAGCCGGCUGGGAGAAGAUGCCAAAAUGGCCACCGGCAACUACUUUGGAUUCACCCAUAGCGGUGCUGCUGCUCAGUACAGCCAGCAGCCAGCUUCGGGUGUAGCGUAUUCCCAUCCUACUACAGUGGCUAGCUACACUGUCCACCAGGCACCAGUUGCUGCGCACACAGUUACUGCAGCCUACGCACCAGCAGCAGCUACAGUUGCAGUAGCCAGGCCUGCUCCAGUGGCUGUUGCAGCUGCUGCGACAGCUGCUGCGUAUGGAGGCUAUCCUACAGCGCACACAGCUACAGAUUAUGGUUAUACACAGAGGCAACAAGAAGCUCCACCACCACCACCUCCUGUCACUACGCAGAAUUACCAGGAUUCCUAUUCCUAUGUUCGAUCUACUGCCCCAGCUGUAGCUUAUGACAGCAAGCAAUAUUAUCAGCAGCCAACAGCAACUGCUGCAGCUGUGGCUGCUGCUGCCCAGCCUCAACCUUCAGUGGCUGAGUCGUACUACCAGACAGCUCCGAAAGCAGGAUAUAGCCAAGGGGCAACUCAAUAUACUCAAGCCCAGCAAACACGACAAGUAACAGCUAUAAAACCUGCAACCCCAAGUCCAGCAACGACUACGUUUUCUAUAUAUCCAGUAUCUUCUACUGUGCAGCCAGUAGCAGCUGCAGCUACUGUUGUUCCAUCCUAUACUCAGAGUGCAACAUACAGUACAACAGCGGUUACUUACUCUGGUACCUCUUAUUCUGGCUAUGAAGCUGCAGUGUAUUCAGCUGCAUCGUCCUAUUAUCAGCAGCAGCAGCAGCAACAGAAACAGGCAGCGGCUGCUGCUGCUGCUGCUGCAGCAACGGCUGCUUGGACAGGGACCACCUUUACUAAAAAGGCACCAUUCCAAAAUAAGCAAAUGAAACCAAAACAACCUCCCAAACCACCCCAGAUCCACUACUGCGAUGUUUGUAAGAUCAGCUGUGCUGGACCACAGACUUACAAAGAACACUUAGAAGGUCAGAAACACAAGAAGAAAGAAGCAGCGUUAAAAGCAUCCCAGAACACCAGUAACAACAGUACUUCUGCUCGUGGAACUCAGAAUCAGUUGCGCUGUGAGCUUUGUGAUGUGUCUUGUACAGGAGCAGAUGCAUAUGCUGCCCAUAUCCGUGGAGCCAAGCAUCAGAAAGUAGUAAAAUUGCACACAAAACUUGGCAAACCCAUUCCUUCAACUGAACCAAAUGUAGUUACCCAGGCUACUUCUUCAACAUCCACGUCUGCUUCCAAACCAGCUGCCUCUGCUUCAAGCAUAGCAACUAGCAGCAGUACUGUGAACUCCUCUGUUGCAUCUUCUGCAGUGAAAAUUCUUACUCCCACGGCAAACACACCACUUAACACAGCGUCCAACAACAAAACAUCUUCAACUGCUGCUAAUAUAGCAGUAAAGAAAAUAUCUACACCGAAAAUAAACUUUGUUGGCAAGUACAGAAGUGGCAAUAAGCUUCAGACAACAGGAAGUAAACUGGAAGAAAUGAAAUCGGCUGAAAGCGUUAAAGCAACUCCCACUACCACGGUACAAACACAGGAAGUGAAACCAGACACUGCAGCUGAAUCGGUGCCUCCUACAACUCUUGCUGCCUUGCAAAGUGAUGUCCAGCCAGUGGGACAUGACUAUGUGGAGGAGGUAAGAAAUGAUGAAGGAAAGGUGAUCCGCUUUCACUGCAAACUUUGUGAAUGCAGUUUUAAUGACCCUAAUGCCAAGGAGAUGCACUUGAAAGGAAGGAGGCACAGACUCCAAUAUAAGAAAAAAGUAAACCCAGAUCUACAAGUAGAAGUGAAGCCCAGCAUUCGAGCAAGAAAAAUUCAAGAAGAAAAGAUGAGGAAACAGAUGCAGAAAGAAGAGUACUGGAGAAGACGAGAAGAGGAAGAACGCUGGAGGAUGGAAAUGAGGCGGUACGAAGAGGACAUGUACUGGAGGAGAAUGGAGGAAGAGCAGCAUCAUUGGGAUGACCGUCGUAGAAUACCAGAUGGAGGAUAUCCUCAUGGACCUCCAGGACCUCUUGGCCUGCUGGGAGUGAGACCAGGAAUGCCUCCUCAGCCACAAGGACCAGCUCCUCUGCGUCGCCCUGACUCCUCUGAUGACCGCUAUGUGAUGACCAAACAUGCAGCAAUAUAUCCAACAGAGGAGGAACUUCAGGCAGUCCAAAAAAUUGUUUCUAUUACUGAGCGUGCUUUGAAACUUGUUUCUGACAACAUGACUGACAAUGAAAAAAACAAGAGCAAAGAGGGAGAUGAUAAAAAAGAUGGCAGUAAAGACAGAGCUUUGAAAGGAGUUUUACGGGUAGGCGUUUUGGCUAAAGGCUUGCUGCUCCGUGGGGAUAGAAACGUUAAUCUUGUUUUGUUAUGUGCUGAGAAGCCUUCAAAGACAUUACUCUGCCGUAUUGCUGAGAAUCUUCCCAAACAACUUGCAGUUAUAAGUCCUGAGAAAUACGAUAUCAAGUGUGCAGUCCCAGAAGCAGCGAUAAUUUUAAAUUCAUGUGUGGAGCCCAAAAUGCAAGUUACUAUCACACUGACAUCUCCAGUCAUUCGGGAGGAGAACAUGAGGGAAGGAGAUGUAACCUCGGGUAUGGUGAAAGACCCACCGGACGUCUUGGACAGGCAAAAAUGCCUUGACGCUCUGGCUGCUCUACGCCACGCUAAGUGGUUCCAGGCUAGAGCUAAUGGUCUGCAGUCCUGUGUGAUUAUCAUUCGUAUUCUUCGUGAUCUCUGUCAGCGUGUUCCAACUUGGUCUGAUUUUCCAAGCUGGGCUAUGGAGUUGCUUGUGGAAAAAGCAAUCAGCAGUGCUACUGGGCCGCAGAGCCCUGGGGAUGCACUUAGAAGAGUUUUUGAGUGUAUAUCUUCAGGAAUCAUCCUUAAAGGUGGUCCUGGCCUUCUGGACCCUUGUGAAAAGGAUCCUUUUGAUACACUUGCUGUAAUGACAGAUCAGCAACGAGAGGAUAUUACUUCAAGUGCACAGUUUGCACUGAGACUCCUUGCAUUCCGUCAAAUUCACAAAGUUUUAGGAAUGGAUCCAUUGCCACAGAUGAAUCAACGCUUCAACAUCCAUAACAAUCGUAAAAGGAGAAGGGACAGUGAUGGAGUUGAUGGAUUUGAAGCAGAAGGAAAAAAAGACAAAAAAGAUUAUGAUAACUUUUAAAAAAAAGUUUAUCUUUUAUGCUGAGAUUGAAGGUGAUAAAAUAUCCAUUUGUUGCCUUGUUUUUACGCCAUGCAUAAUAAUGUCUGUUUAAAACAUCCAAAACCAACUCAGAAAUUAGAUUUGGAAGAGAACGAUCUUGCUCUCCUGUGAGAUUCUGAACAAUGUAAUGGAUGUGCUGUAUCAGACAUAUUAUGGAUGGAAAGACUACAAAUGGAAACUGUCAUAGGAAAAAAUUGUUCUGAGUUUUUUUCCCUUAUAGCAUUUUCUUUAAAAGUAUUGCUAACUUCAGUAACUCUUGUUAUUUUUUUGUCCUUUUUUUUAAUGAACAAGUGCGUUGUCUUAUCUUCACUGUAUUUAAUGCAGUAUUUGUGCUUUUGUUGCGAUGUGUAUUUUGACAUUUUAUUUAGAAGGUUUUUUGUUUGCUCUUGACACUAGUUGUGUAAGUUACCUUGUGUUCGAUAGUAUAAACUGUUCCCCCCCAGUUAAUAUUUUACAAACCUUUUUUUUUUUUUUGUAAAGUGAGACUGCAGGAUUAUGGUUUUUUCUAAACACGAAGGGGUUACAACACAAUUAGCCUGCUGUUUGAGUGCUCAGUUAAAUGUUUUUGCCAAUCUUGUGGCAUUUGUCUUAGUGUGAUAUAAUGUAAUUAAGACAAAUUUGUGUUAAUCUAAGCAAAUUUGCUGUUAGUUGUGCAUUAGCAGUAUAAAAGCUAAUAUAUACAGUAUGAUCUUGCAACAGUUAAAGCAGCCGCAUAACUGAUUAAAGUUUUGCAUGAUGUUUGUUUUUAAUAGAAGGGCUUUAAAAACUAUUAUUUUAGGUUAAAUGCGUAGUUCUUUGUAUGAUUGACUUUGUGACAUAGCAAGGCCAAAAAAUAACUUUCUGGCUUUCUUUUCUGAACAUAUAAGUAGAAGCAGGUAUUUCCCGUUUGGACAAAGUUAAUCAUUCUUUUCCAUCAACUUUUGGCAACAUGAUAUUAAGGCCUCUCAGUCCUUAAAAAAUAAAUGUUUGUCAUAUCGGUGCCUGUGAGGUUAUUCCUUAUAGAUAUAAAACUUCUGUGAUUUUUUUUCAAUAAUACAAAUUUUAGAAGUGAAGUAUUAAUAAGUGGAGGUUAUCAAACAAAAAGCCCAGAAAAUUGCUUGGUGUGGCCAUAGCGUAUGCUUAUGUCUCUUUUGAAAAGCUAAAAUGUAGCAGUGGUGUAAGUUACAUCAUACCAUUGACGUGCGGUCUGAUACACAGGCGUGAUUUGUUGUCACAGCACUACAGUGGAAACACGCAAAUAAAAACCAAGAUUUAUUAAAUGACUAAAAUUCGUUGCACACUGGAAACUGAAGUAUCACUUACUCUGUUCAAUGUUUAUUACACUUAAUUUGCAAACUAUAAAACACAGAUUAACACAGACUAACAUUCCGGUAACUACUUUAUCAGUGGCUGAUGAGAGUAUCAGAUGUCACAAAGAUAAUUCAUCAUUUCUGAUACUAUUCAUGAAGAAGGCCUCCUGCUGCAGUUUGUGGUUGAAUUUAUCUUUGACCUUUUUAAUUAAAUAAAUCUUAGAAUAGGACAGUACUUCUCCUUUGCAACACUCACUGCUGACAGGAUGAAUCUGGGGAAUACAAAUAAGAUAUCAGAAAGUGGAGGGAAUCUUAGAGAAAAAUGUAACGCAGUAUUGUUAAGCAUCAGAGUGUAAUUUUAAGAGGACUGUGUGUGAGUGAUUAGUAAGUAAGGAAAGCUUUCUCAUGGUAGGAAGCAUUUCUUAAAUAAUUUCAGUAUAACAAAAAAACAGUAAUUAGCAUGUGCUUUAAAAUUACUUUAGAAAAAGAUUAGGCUUGUUUCUGUAGUCCAACUUUGAGAUGUAGCUUCCAAGCAUGUGCUUGUUCUUGGUCCUUUUUUUGUUUUUUGAAGGGGAUGUCUUGCUGCUACAGCAUCUAGGUAGCCAUUACUAUUUAUUUUGGAAGCUACAGGUGCUGUUCAUGUGGCAAGUUCAACUAAAUACCAAAGUUUAGUUCGCAUAAAGCUAAAAACUUGUCUCCUCAGACAUGUGAUUCUAAACUUCAGGAUUAAUAAGGUCAAGAUGUAUUUCGGAUUUCCUGUGUUUUUGUUCUGCUGGCUUUCCUUUUUUAACUAGUUUCUGAGUCUUUUGAAAUAUUGUAUACUUAAAAUGAUUCCACAUUAAAUAUGAAGCUGUGACUGUGA